CAAGCUGUCCCUGCAGCUCUGCCCGGACAUCCUGCGCGGGCCCCGGCACGGGGGCGCGGGGGUCCCGGGGCCGCCGAACCUUCCCUUGCCCUAACGCCCUCGUAGCCCGAAAGGCGAGGGACUGCCUCCCAGGGUCCGCAGCAGGCAGGUUGCUUGUUGUCUCUUUGCUUUAAGUUAUGCCUUCAUACUUUUUUCCCACAACACAGCUGCCGAAUAAAUAGCUAGUUGCCUUUUUUUUUUAAAAAAAAGUUAUGUAUGCCGGAGAUCUCAAUACAAGAAGUAAGUACCUUAGAAUUUUCUGAUAUCCAUAAUGUACACUGCUAAAAGUAGGGUACGACCAGGGUGUGUCUGUGCAUAUUUAUGCAUGAGAGUCACUAAGUGAUUUGAGUUUUGGUUCAGAUUGCCAACGUAAUUACUUUCUGGUAAGGGCAAAUAUUGCAAGAUCUUAUAAAUAGUUCUUGGUAGUUUUCCUAGUUACAUGUACGUGAAUAUAGUUACCCGAAUUGGCGAUUUCCAGUUUGCUGGUGCCCACUGUUACCCGUGUCUUUGUUCCUAUUUGACACAGCUCUUGUUUACUAACUGGCUGCUGGCAUAGGCAGAGGAAUAAAGACAGAGACCCUUUAGCAGGGAAGAAGGACCUGGCACGACGGGUGUGAGGUGUGUCUGUGCACCGACAGCAGCAGCAACAGCUUCUUAGGAUGUUAAGGCCUGCCAAGGAAACGGAUGUUUUUUCUCUCCAAAGCGUACACAAACCAUUGGAUAGUAAUUUACUAAACAUAAGUGGAAGGGAAAAGUAGGUAGAUGUUGUGGACUUAUUUUUCUGCUUGGAGUUAGGAACUUUCAAUGAAAUCCUUUCCACUGAUGAGCUUAUUAAUUAGCUUAUUUAAAUUGAACGGAGCUGCAAUUUCAAAGCGGUUCUGGAACGCCAACUGAGAGUGACCAGUUUGUGCUAUACUCAUGCAAACAGCAAUCCCAAGAGGAUGGUUUUCUUCAUUAAGGAAUAUACUUGAGCACAGUAAGACUGUACAAUAAAAACUGAAUUAAGUAACAUUCGAAACAGAAACCUGAGAUGGAUCAUUGGGGUUUGGGUUUUUUUCCAUUCCUGCAGUGGUUCUAAGACAUGUUCUUGGAUGUCAUGUUCACUUUUUAAGUCGACUUACUUAAAUUAUUUGCAGUGCUACAGAAUUUUACAGUUGACCUGCAUAACUGGGUUUCGUAGACAUGAUCUACCACCUCCACUUUUAAAAUAACUGUUUUAGAAUAUACUUUAUAUGCAUUUUCAGGAAAGAGAAGAUGCAGCACAUGCAGAUAUUGUUCCCAGUUGAAUUACUGUGUCAGAGAAUUAAAUGAAGUGUAACUGAAAUUGUCUCCUAUUACUAAGGUAUUGCUGAAAUCCUAAUGAACCGACCCCACGCAAGAAAUUCAUUGGGAAAAGUAUUUGUAAAUGAACUGUUCAGUGCUCUGGAACAACUCCGCUUUGAUGAGAAGGUUCGCGUGGUGCUGUUCAAGAGUGAGGUGAAAGGUGUAUUUUGUGCUGGUGCAGACUUAAAGGAGCGUGCAAAGAUGGAUGAUGCAGAAGUUGGACACUUUGUUAAAAGGCUGAGAAGUCUCAUGGAUGAAAUAGCUGCCUUGCCUGUACCUACAAUUGCUGCAAUAGAUGGCUACGCUCUGGGUGGUGGAUUAGAGCUGGCAUUAGCUUGUGACCUUCGAGUAGCAGCUUCAUCAGCUAAAAUGGGCCUUAUUGAGACCACAAGAGGGCUUCUUCCUGGAGCAGGUGGAACCCAGCGCCUGCCUAGAUGUGUUGGAAUAGGUCUUGCAAAGGAACUCAUUUUCACUGGCAGACAGAUUGAUGGACAACAGGCCGCUUCAAUGGGAUUAGUAAAUCACACAGUGCCACAAAACAAUGAGGGAGAUGCAGCUUACCAAAGAGCGUUAACUUUGGCUAGAGAAAUCCUUCCUCAGGCUCCAUUUGCUGUGAAAAUGGGAAAACUGGCAAUAAACAGAGGAAUGGAGGUUGACAUUGCGUCAGGGAUGGCUAUUGAGGGGAUGUGUUAUGCCCAGAAUAUUCCCACAAGAGACCGUCAGGAAGGGAUGGCUGCCUUCAGGGAGAAACGACCACCUCAGUUUAUCGGCAAAUAAUGCUUCCUAGCUUCCCCUUGAUUUUUUGAAGGUAAAGGAGGACUGAAGAGGACCCUCUGAUUUCUUGGGAUUAUUCUUAUGACUGCAUUCUGUGUACUUCUGAAUACUCCACUGAAUCAUUUUGCCAUAAGAAUUCCCAAAUAAAGAUUUAACUUUGUACAGAUGAUCUUUUUAAAGGGCAUACAUCUUAAGUCGGUGGUUAUGGCCCUCAAACAGAUGUCAAGUAAGGAGAAUGGAGAAGCUUUGAAUCAUCAUAAGCAAAUUGAAAAAAAAAAAAAAAAUCAGGAAGCAUGCUGCAUCUAAACAUUGAUAGGAAAAAAAAAAAAGUCCCUGUGAAGAGAAAGUAAACUUAGAAAGAAAGAAAACCUUUCUAAGUUUGCUUCCCAUUAUCAGUGCUCUUCUAACUAAUCAGACAGAACUAGCAGUAUUAACGCAGAGUGUUUCACCCCAGAUCUGCUGUGAGUAGUUACCACCAUGCUAUCAUUCCAGCCAACUGAACUUAACAUCUCUUUGGUAUCGGUGCUUGAGAAAAUGCAAGGCCUGUAUGUGCAUAUAUAAUGGCCACCGUAUCAGCCUAUGCCAGACAUCUCAAGCAUGUCACCACUCUCCCAUUGCCUGUUUUCCCCUCUGUUGCCUGACUGGAAGUUGAAAUCACUAUCUCCCUCUUCUUAGAGGUUCUCCAGCACAGAGACGUACCACACAGUUUAGCUCUAUGGCUUCUUACUUCCCUAGACCGGGGCUUUCAAGCAAAAGUGAGUUAGUACAUUUCUCUAAAUGUAUUUUUAGUAAAUAUUUUAUAGGUUAUCAAAAUAUACUUCAAAAGUGCGCCUUACCUCAUUGGAACUGGGCAUCAAUUCAUGUUAUGAUGGUCUUAAAAAGCACACCACAAUUUCAUUUGUGCGAAAAGUUAACCAAACAAUUCUGCAGGUGAGAUAACCGUACCAGAUUAUAUAUGUAGAAGUUUCUUACGUAAAGAUCUGCAAAAGUAAAGCAGUCAUGAUCUUCAGCCUUCACAAAAAAAAAAGAUGGCAAAUGCCACAGGUGAAAUACAAGAGUUUAAAAGUUGCUUCCAGAAUUACUCUACCCUGGCAGGAACUCCUGAAGCUGCACAGGAAUGUGAAGAGACCUUUCUGUAACUGGCACAUGCAAGUAAAUUGAGUGGAUUUAUACCUUGUAGGCAUUCAUACUUUUCAGCUUAAAAGAAUGCUGCUCACUGUUUGUUCGCCUGAAACACAUAGGAACAAAUCAAGAAAGGUAUAGAAAAUCAUUUAUAAUCUCUGUGCUUGCUGGUUGCAGUGACAUCUUCACCAUCUGGACUGAUGCCAGUAUCACAUUCAGUUUGUGCUGCAUGUAAUUGUAGAUAUUUUUUUUUUCCCCAUGGUUUUAGUUAAGAUGCUUCAGCAAGUUCUCCUGUUAUUAGGAAAAAACAGUACUGUAAGGAGAGUUGUCAUCUUUAUUUUAAAAUCUUGUAGUAAGUGAUUUAUAUUCAUUCUAUUAACACCAAUUCCAACAAGCUCUGAGUUCCAUUUCAUGUAACGGAAAUUUUGUAGUAGAAGUACCAUAGCAGACAUCUCAGAAGGGUGGCAGGUAAAGGCUUGCAGGCCAUUUUUCAUUUUUUAAACCACCUUCCUAAUUCAAACCUACAACCAAUUUAAAUUGCUUUCUGAAUCAAGAAAACUGUAUAUAACCAGAUACACACAUGAAAAUGAUGCUAGCCAAAUUAUACCUUCAUACAAAAAGCAAUUAUACAACAUUGAUUAAAUUACUGGAUCAGUACCUUUUGAAGUUGCUGAAAUAUACAGUAACUAGAUUAUUGAAGAUUAGAGGUGAUGUUUUUAUUUGAAGGAUGGGAGUUGGGAGACGGAAGGAGUUAAAAAUAGUAAAAUAUGGUCAUGAUGAGGAAGCCAUCCCUGCUAGUAAGCUACCAAACAUCCAAUGUAUUUACAGAAGAGUCUCUGAAUAUGGAUCAGUUGCCAUGGAAAUAUGGAGACUAACCAGGUAAACAAAACCAAUACCUGAAAUAAACCAGAAUUUGAACGGGCAUGCAGUUUGCUUCCAUCACUUGUAUUUUAUCAGCCACCUGUAUGCUGUGCAAUGUUUCAUUCAAAACAUGAUUUGAAACCCAUAGGUAACCAAGAAAGAAAUAAGUUGUUACAGUUAGCAUCUUUAUGUAAAAUUUCACACUCCACAAAACAAUGAGAUUGACACAGGGCUUACACAGAACAGUGGGUGAUAUUUUGCACUGUGAUGACUUCGAAAUAUAAUUCACUGCACAAUACUGACAGAGUAUUUACAGAAAACAGAGCAAUCAUUAGUCUCUUAUAAAUAAGGUGACCAAAUAUCCUGGGCCUCCUGGCAAGACAUGCAAUCCCUUUCAUGAUGAAGGCAGGUCAGUAUUUUGCCCUAAUGAGCCUUCUCCCUUCCCUCUCAG